CUGGUGAGCAGAACUGGUGUCACUCACUCACCCACCUAGAGGACAGCCAGCGUCCUGCUGCCUUCAGCUGAAUACAAGCAAUGGACAUUGAGAAGGUCAAUUCCAUGGACUUCGGAGAAUUUGUGGAUGUGUUUGGGAACGUUAUUGAGAGAUGUCCUCUGAUUGCAGCUGCCGUGUGGUCCCAGCGCCCAUUCUCUGGCUUGGAAGAUUUGGAGAAGCAUUUUUUUGCCAUUGUUGAUGCUCUGCCGCAGUCGGGUCAAGAGGGCAUCCUGCGCUGCCACCCAGACCUGGCGGGCCGCGAGCUGCAGCGGGGCACGCUCACCGCCGAGUCGCAGCGGGAGCAGGCAGGCGCCGGCCUGGCGAGCCUGGGCGCGGGCGAGCGGCUCCGGCUGGCCGAGCUCAACGCGCAGUACCGCGCGCGCUUCGGCUUCCCCUUUGUGCUCGCCGCCCGCCUCCAGGACCGGGCGGCGGUGCCCCGCGAGCUGGCGCGCCGGCUGCACUGCCCGCCCGCGCAGGAGCUGCGCACCGCCCUGGGCGAGGUGAGGAAGAUCUGCCGCCUGCGUCUGGCCGACCUCUUCGGUGUCGACCCCGCCAGGCUGUAGCCGCCGCGCGAGCCCGGGAGUCGGGGCUCACGUCGGCAUGCGGUGGUCCCCGGGCGGGAGGCCGGCGCAGGCCUGGAACAGCGUCCACACGCGCGCGCAAAGGGGAGAAUUGAGACAAUCCUACGAAUAACGAGCCCCUUUGUCCACCCACCCACCCACACGCGCACGCUUUGCCAGAAUAACUGUAUAGUUCGUGCUUUGCCCCCAGAUUUAUCCAGCUCACUGCUUCAAUCCUUCUCUCCCUUUGCGUCCCCGUUGACACCGGCAGCCUUUGUGGACCCCAGAGUGCUUAUCCAGCUCUUGUUGCCCCCCCCCCCACUCUCUCCUGCUAAGCCCAAGCUGCAAAGCAAAACGGAUAGGAAAAGAAUAUUUUAUUCCACA